CAGCGGGACCCCGAUUUUACUUGAUUUUAUUUAUAGAAUUUUACUUUUUCUCUUUUCUCUGCAUAUGAUUUUCGAUUUUUUUUUGCAAUUUCAUGUAAAUACACAACCCCAUACAUAUAUAUACCUUUAGAAACGGAUGCUGUUAUUACUUUAUAAAUAAUACUAUCCCAAUCGCAUCUCAUUACCUCCACCUUCGCAGUCUCCAUUCGAGUGUGUAUCCAACAGAAGAAACUGGAUACAGAUUGCCUACAGAUAUCCUUUUGUUCGCCAUAGAACCCUCCUUGGUCAAAUGGGCUAUCUUUCCUCCCUCCUCCCCAGCGGAAAGGUUUCUUUCCACCAUGCGCCCAAAGCCCUCCGCCUAGCCCUAAAACCUUCCCCCUCCUCCGCUCCCUCUUCUUCGUCCACAUCAACAACAGCUCAAAAAGAUAGAAAAGAAGAUGAGCAAAACCAAGAACAGCCAUACAUCUCCCUCCCAGACCUCUGCAAAGCUUCCACCCCUCAAAAAUGCCAAUUAAACCCGCUCCUCUUCAACGGUCACCUCCAAACAGCCUACACAGUCGUCAAAAUCGAUGACGUCCCCGUCUACUACAAACGCUGGACCUUCCAGGCCAACAACGCAACCUACAGCGGCAGCUUCGAUGUCGACUUCGUCGUCCCGCCCUACGAAACCUCGCUGGCCGAAGAUACAAGCCUCGGCGCACAGGAGACCAUAAACAAGACACCAAAGCAUGCCGCUCCCCCUCCCCACCUCCUCCCGCCACGCACCUCCUUCUUCACACCGGAGGAAUUCGCCGCCUUCCCCUCCGCUACAGAUACAAAGCCUAUGCUAGUGGUCCUGCACGGCUUAUCCGGCGGUUCGCAUGAGAUAUACCUGCGCCAUGUGAUCGCGCCACUGCUCAAGGCUGGCUGGGCCGCCUGCGUGCUGAAUUUCCGCGGGUGCGCCAAGUCGCGUGUUACGAGUCCGAUUCUGUAUAAUGCGCGAGCGACCUGGGAUGUGCGCCAGCUGGUGGGGUGGGCGAGGGAGGCGUUUCCGCAGCGGAGGUUGUUUGGGAUUGGGUUUUCCUUGGGGGCGAAUAUCUUGACGAAUUAUCUAGGUGAGGAGGGCGAAUCCUGCGUGCUCUCAGCCGCAGUUAUCUGUUCUAGCCCGUGGAACCUAGAGGUCACUUCGUUAGCGUUGCAGCGGUCAUGGCUGGGGAUGGAAGUGUACUCCAAGACUAUGGGCAGAAAUAUGAAAAGACUUUUUGAGCAGCAUGUCGACGAGAUCUCCAAACAUCCGCGUGUCAACGUUGAGCGAAUUCGAAACAUUACAUAUCUGCAUGAAUUCGAUAGAGAACUCCAAGCACCAGUCUGGGGCUACCCUACAGAAACUGCCUACUACCGCGACGCCUCCUCCAUCGACUCCAUAUUCGCCAUAAAGGUUCCCUUCUUCGUCAUCCAGGCGGAGGAUGAUCCGAUCGCCGUAAACGAAGCGUUGCCAUACAAUGAGAUCAAACGGACGCCGUAUGGCGUCAUGUGCACGACGUCCUGGGGCGGACAUCUAUCCUGGUUCGAAUGCGGGGGUACUCGGUGGUUUACGAAGCCGAUAACAACCUUCCUGUCCAAAAUGGCCACGGAAAUCGAUCUGGACGCACCGCACAAGAUCGAAGGUGACGAUGCUCAGGAGAAAAUUGAAGGGAUCCACCACAAAGACGCUGAUGGCGACCCUGGGUUGAAUUUCGUUGCGAUGCGUCGGAAGUUGGAUAUGCCGGUUGUGUCGUUUGUGAGUAUGGGGAAGAGUACGGCGGUCGAUUUGGGUAAUUAAUUUAAGCAUUGGGCUGGAUUAAGUUGCUGUUGCAGUUGGGUAUAUGUUCGGUCUGUAUUAUAUAACGACGAUAUGUUUUCCCCUAUUAUAUAUAGAUUUAGAGAGAUAUUUUGAUCAAUAGAGAAGGCAUUGAAAAGUAUGAUAAAAUUCGUUCCAACACUGCUGUACAUAUCAUAACGGGAAAAACAUAUUUUUAGAAACAAC